AUGUUGACGCAUCUCUGUGUCACAGAGCUACAUUCUCUAAUGGCUGCCAAGGGCCAGACCAAGAGUGGGAUAAAGUCAAAUCUGCUGGUGAGCGCUGUGGGGGUUAUACAGACCCAGUGCAAUUCCCACCUGCUCACAGUCUUGCGCCAGCUCUACCAGGAACGCUACGCCUACCAGACAGUUCCUGGCAACAGCCAGAGGACUCCUGGAAGCCACCAGGAGGAGCAGACCGUGGCGCCGGUGGUGGAGCCAACACACAACCCCACAUAA